AUGAAGAAGAAAACGAAAUACAAUUUUCUAUACAUCUUAAUAAUUUCCAGCGUCGCUAAUGGAGAUACAGAUCUUAUUUUCCCAGAAGACAGAGAAAAAGGAACAGUAAAUUUCAAUUCUAUCACUGAUUGUAUUAUAACUAUAACUGAAAUGGAACUCUAUUUCAGACCUACUGUAGCCAUACUAGACCAAGAUGGUAAUACUACAGAAAACAUCUUCAAAAAUGAGCUAAUUGAUAAACUUACAGCAUACAAUAUACCUCAAGUUAUCAUAAAAGAUGUGGUUACCGAAGAAAACUAUGAUUUAUAUUUGAUUUGCUUGACAGUCGCCUUUUUUGACUCAUGUGCCGAUAUCAAAAACUUUGAUUUCAAAAGUAUUGAUAAAGAAAUGAGAUUUCUUAUAAUAAUAUCUGAUUAUUCAGGCAAUAACUGUGUUGAUACACUUGAAGAAAUUGGAGAUUCCGUAAGUAAACAUGCUAUCACUUUUAUAAUACAAGAUUUUGUAACAGGACAAAAUAACAUGUACACAAUAUUUCCUAAAAUAGAUGAGAAAACGUGUAAAGAAGUUGUUGAAAAACCUACGCAUAUUAACACGUGUUUCAAUAACGGUACUGUGCAAAACGAGGAAAUAUUUCCAAUAAAAAAUCCUAAUAAUCUUAACAGAUGCCCAUUCAGAAUUGGCAUGGCAACUCUGUUUCCUUUCUCAGAAAUACCUAACAAAGAAUUGCUUAAAAAUUAUGACAACGUUACAGAAAUAAAGGGAUUUGAUUAUGAAAUAUUAAAGAUUAUUGCCGAGUACUUCAAUGCCACAUUAGAAACUCAUUACAUUUACAGAAAAGAAGAGAAUCCGUAUAAAGAUUUGGAGUUCACAGAUUUCAUUAAGAACGGGAGCCUAGACGCAUGUGCUGGUGGUCUUUACAGAAUAUAUGGAGAUUUGGUGGAAUAUUCUGGAGUAUACGUCCGUCAAGGUGUCUUUUGGGUCUACUAUGCUGAGAGAGCAGAAAGAUCUUGGCAGAACUUAGUAAGCAAAUUGGAUGAUGUCUACUUCUUCAUUAUAUUCUACAUCACGUAUUCAAUCGUCUGGUGUUUAGUGUCGUCCUUUGACGGUCAAGCUGUUUCGCUGAUCACUACGUUAAUACAUGGUUGGGGAGCACUCGUCGGUGCCACUUCGUUGCAGGACCCACGAACGAAAAAACAGAAGUUCCUCAAUUUACUUUACUUGAUCAUGUCUGUGUACUCUUCUGUUUAUGUCAGCAUACAGUUUUAUUCCUUCCUCACGGUGCGAGGCCCACCACAAAUGUUUAAAACUAAUUCAGCGGUCAUGGAGUCUGGCAGGACGGCGUAUUUGAAGAAUUCCUCGAAAUAUUUUAUCACUGAUGAGAGGUACACAAAGUAUGCAGACCAUUCAGCAGAUUGCGUGUCUUUUUACAACUGUGCUGAGAAAACUCUGAUGUAUAAUGGCCUAACUCUCUUAUUGCAAGCUAAUUUCUACAUCUUUCAAGCUGAUUCUGCAGUUAAUGAUGAAGCCAGAGUGCUGAGAGCGACAGAGAACAUGUUGACAGUGUAUAACGAAAUGCUGAUUAGAAAGGAUAGUCCUUUAGUGGCUAAAUUCCAAAAAGUCAUGAAGCGAUUGUUUGAGGCUGGAAUAACUGGGAGGCUGUUCACUGAAGCCAUUGGUAUAUCGGUGGUGGCUAAAGCAGAGAGUGCUAACUCUAACAUGAUAACUAGUAGUUACAGCUGCCAAGCUGGUUGCUCGAUCACUCUCAUGCAGUUCGCUGGGAUAUUCUACGCUUGGAUUUUCGGCUGUGUCAUCUCUUGUUUGGUUUUUGUUAUUGAGAUACUUUCGAGACGGGUUAAAGUUAAAGAAGUGUAAAUGUAUGAGGUUAGCUUCUAUUGUAUGUGUCGUGGAAGA